AUGAAGAAACCGGACGUGAAGAUCGUACUCCUGGGGGACAUGAACGUGGGUAAGACGUCCCUGCUUCACAGGUACAUGGAGCGACGCUUCCAGGACACGGUCAGCACGGUGGGAGGCGCCUUCUACCUGAAGCAGUGGCGCUCCUACAACAUCUCCAUCUGGGACACCGCAGGGAGGGAGCAGUUCCACGGGCUGGGCUCCAUGUACUGCCGUGGAGCAGCCGCCAUCAUCCUCACCUACGAUGUCAAUCACCUGCAGAGCCUGUUGGAGCUGGAGGACAGGUUCCUGGGCCUAACAGACACAGCCAGCACCGACUGCCUCUUUGCCAUCGUGGGAAACAAAGUGGACCUCAGUGAGGACCAAGAAAAAGACGAGGUCAGCUCUGAGCAGGCCAGCAGCAGCUGCGUCUCCACCAAGGUGCCCAAGCAGGUUAAGCUGGAGGAUGCGGUGGCACUUUAUAAAAAGAUUCUCAAGUACAAAAUGCUGGAUGAGAAGGACGUGCCGGCUGCUGAAAAAAUGUGCUUUGAGACCAGCGCCAAAACUGGCUACAAUGUGGACCAUCUGUUUGAAACCUUGUUUGAUAUGGUUGUGCCAGUGAUUUUACGACAGAGAGCCGAGGGGCCACCGCAAACUGUGGAUAUCAGCGACUACAAGCAGCCCAAACAAGCGAAGUCUGGGUGCUGCGCCUGA